AAUAAUAAUUUAUUAUAAAGAAAAAAGCAUUUCACCAAGGCACCUUCUAAAAAAAAUUACUUGUCAAAAUAAGCAGUUCUGGGAGACAGAUUCCUUGAAAAUUAGAAUUAUACACACAGGCACGAACUCCAAAAUCUUGGUUAUUGGGCUGGUUAUAUUGUCAGAACCAAGAACAUAAGACUACUAUUGUUUAUUUGUGUAUUCAUUUUAGUAAUCUGCUGGUAAAGAAUUGGAGUAUAAUAGUAGUAUGGCAGCCUAUUGUCGAUGCCAGUUUGAUAUUGGUCGGACAAUACAUUUUCAAGAUUGUCAGCUAACAAGAUAUGGAAAUAUUUCAGUGUUUGGAGUUGGGUUUUCAUAUGGGUCCGUGUUGUGGAGGAAGCUGACAUGUGGUCAAAAGCCAAAACUGAAGCUUCUUGUCAGUGCUGAGCUUUCCAAUGCUUUCUCAGCUAAUGUUGGCUUGGAUUCUCAGCCCCGUGGUAUAUCAAAGUUACCCUGGAUUGGCCCUCUACCUGGGGACAUUGCUGAGAUAGAGGCUUAUUGUAGAAUCUUUCGAGCUGCUGAACAACUUCAUAACACAUUAAUGGACACACUAUGCAAUCCAGUGACUGGAGAAUGUAGUAUCUUAUAUGAUGCACCCUCAGAAGAUAAACAUUUACUGGAGGACAAAAUAGUUUCUGUUCUAGGAUGCAUGGUAUGUCUUCUAAACAAAGGGAGGGAGGAUGUCCUAUCUGGGAGAUCCUUGAUCGUCAACUCCUUUAGUGAUUUUGAUGUACAUGUAAUGGAUGAUAAGCUUCCUCCACUAGCUUUUUUUAGAGGUGAAAUGAAGAGGUAUUGUGAGAGCUUGCAUGUUGCGCUUGAAAACUUUUUAACACCUGAUGAUCCUAGGAGCAUUGAUGUAUGGAGAAAGCUGUGCAAACUCAAGAAUGUAUGUUAUGAUUCUGGAUUUCCCCGUGGAGAUGAUCAUCCCUGCCAUACAUUGUUUGCUAACUGGGAUCCUGUUUAUUUUUCACCAGAAGAAGAGACAAAGUCUGCAAGUUCUGAGGUUGCUUUUUGGAGAGGUGGCCAAGUAACUGAAGAAGGUCUUAGAUGGUUGUUGGAGAGAGGGUUCAAAAGUAUUAUAGAUCUCAGAGCUGAGACUAUAAAGGACAACUUGUAUGAAAAAGUGCUAGAUGAAGCCAUUUCCUCCGGAGAUAUUGAAGUAUUCAAACUUCCUGUUGAAGUUGGCACAACACCUUCAGUGCAGCAGGUUGAGAAGUUUGCAGCAGUAGUCUCUAAUUUAUACAAAAGACCCAUAUAUAUCCACAGCAGGGAAGGAGUUUGGAGGACAUCAGUUAUGGUCUCUAGAUGGAGACAAUACAUGACUCGUGCAGUUGAUCAUGAAAAUGGGACACUACCUACAAGAUCAAACAGCAUAAAUUCUGCUGGGGAACUUUUCAGACAAAUUCCUGAAGCUGAGGAAAACAAAUACCUAAACAAGAAUGUAGCUGAUGAUGCUGUUGCAUCGACUUGGAAAGGCACAUUGCCUGCAGGUGAUAGUGGGGUAGUAUCCUAUACUAAUGAAAACCCUCUUAAGUCUCAACUGCCUCCCUCUAAUUUGUUCUCCCGAAAUGAGAUGUCUACAUAUUUCAGUAGUAGGAAGGUUUCACCGGUGACAUAUUCCACUCAUGAAAAGAAAAGAUUGGAAAUACCUAAAGGGAAUGAAAUCAUAGACAGUUAUGCGGAGGACAGAGCUAUGGUGUCUCGAAAUCCAAAAGGGUCAUCUAGCAAGAUGCACUUAUCAAUGGGAUCUUCAAAUCCCUCUGCAAAUACGAAAAAGUAUGGGACCCAAAAUGGCUCUGCAGCUCCAAUUUUGAAUAGAUUUAACACUGGUGAAGUACAUACUUCCGUUAAAAACUGUGGUCCUAUUGAUGCAACUAGCGAGUUGGAUACUAGUGAUGUGUUCUCAGCCACAGCCACGGAAAGGAGGAACAUUGAGGCCCCCAGACCUUCAGUUGAUGCUAACAUGGAGCUGAUUGAAGGAAAUAUGUGCAAGUCAGCAACUGGUGUGGUAAGGGUGCAGUCCAGAAGGAAGGCAGAGAUGUUCUUGGUUCGCACAGACGGGUUUUUGUGCAACAGAGAAAAGGCAACAGAAUCUUCCUUGGCCUUCACUCAUCCUAGCACCCAGCAGCAGAUGCUUUUAUGGAAAUCCACGCCAAAGACUGUUCUACUUUUAAAGAAGCUGGGACAAGAACUCUUGGAAGAAGCCAAAGAGGUUGCUUCUUUCUUGUAUUACCAAGAGAAAAUGAAUGUUCUUGUUGAACCUGAGGUGCAUGAUAUAUUUGCACGAAUUCCAGGCUUCGGAUUUGUUCAGACUUUUUAUAGUCAAGAUACCAGUGAUCUUCAUGAAAGGGUUGAUUUUGUUGCUUGCCUAGGAGGAGAUGGAGUUAUACUCCAUGCGUCUAAAUUAUUUCGAGGUGCUAUCCCACCUGUUGUGUCAUUUAAUCUAGGAUCCCUUGGAUUUCUCACUUCCCAUACAUUCGAGGAUUAUAAGAAGGAUCUAAGACAAGUCAUUCAUGGGAACAGCACUUUGGAUGGUGUCUAUAUAACUCUACGAAUGCGUCUUCGAUGUGAAAUAUUCAGAAAUGGGAAAGCAAUGCCUGGAAAGGUGUUCGAUGUCCUAAAUGAAGUUGUAGUUGAUCGUGGUUCUAAUCCAUAUCUCUCCAAAAUUGAGUGUUAUGAACAUGACCGCCUCAUUACAAAGGUGCAAGCUGAUGGGGUCAUAAUAGCCACACCAACUGGAAGUACAGCUUAUUCUACGGCUGCUGGAGGUUCCAUGGUGCACCCAAAUGUUCCUUGCAUGCUCUUCACACCAAUCUGCCCACACUCACUCUCAUUCAGACCUGUCAUUCUUCCCGACUCUGCAAGACUGGAAUUAAAGAUUCCAGAGGAUGCACGGAGCAAUGCAUGGGUCUCCUUCGAUGGGAAGAGACGGCAACAACUGUCUAGAGGAGAUUCUAUCCGAAUAUGUAUGAGUGAGCAUCCGCUUCCUACAGUCAAUAAGUGUGACCAAACGGGUGAUUGGUUUGGUAGCUUGAUCCGUUGCCUGAAUUGGAACGAGAGACUAGACCAGAAAGCACUCUGAAGCCUACUUGAACUAUUCUUUCUCACAUAUAUGUAAAAUUUUGUAGAGUCAUAUUAGAACAACUGAAUUACAGAAGAUCCACUUUACAAAGUAGAAAAUUAAUUUCCCCCAUACUCAUUGUUUAUGGAUUACUACUCCUUCCUCUUUUACCUAGUAUCAUGCCCAUCCCCCCAAGCUCCAGAAGGUUAUGUUCUGUCAAGAGCAAACAUCAAAAGUGUGUUGAACUGUUCCCUGUAUUAUUUGACAAAAGUGUGUCAACCUCCUGUUAUUAAGCCUUGGUCACUUAUUAUAUACAUUUUGCAGACAAUGCCUUGCGGCAUCAUUAAAUAUCUCAUAAAGAAUUAUCUAUUA